AUGGAUCGGAAAACACCAGAACUGCGACCAGCUAUUAACGAAUACUUCAAGGAUCCAUCGCCAUCGUCCAACUUGUUCGAUAAUAUAUCGUCUCACGCUGCAACCGACAGCAAACGAGAAGAACCUGCAGUUUGUCGUAUUUUUCAACAGAUCGAAACUAAAAAAACGGACAUAUUUGACAUUAUCAAACCUCUAGAGGAUAGUCAUAAUAACAGUCCGUCAUUUGACUUUCGAGAACCAACAUUCUCAAACACUGGAAAUAACAGUGUUGAUCCUAUGGAUAUAUUCAAUCAUGAGUAUGAACUAUCUUCAAUUCCAGCCGAAGAUGAAAGGCGGCGAUUUGCUUGGAUACCAUCUGUUAAAACAAAAAAUACACUUGAAAAGGCUUCACAAAUGAAUCAUACAUUGCCCAGAGACAUGUUAACCAUGCCCGGUGUUGAAAAUGUUAAUUUUACAAUUAAAUUAUAUGAAAACCUAGUGUCAUACCUUGGAGAAACCGAGGCAGCUGCGUUUAAAAGUAAAACAAUAGAUGAAGUUCCACAGGACGAACAUGGUUUGAAAUUGUUGAUUGAAGAGAGCAACUUUUCUGAAGCAUUAAACUUGACAACUCGAUUGUUGGCAAUGUAUGGUCAAGGUCCUGGGCAAGUAGGCUAUCCAAGUAAACAUACAAAAACUUCACUUCAGUUGUGGUUCACAAGAUUUGCACUGUUGGUGAAAAUUUGUGCUUGGAAAAUCAUUAGCAAAGAAGCAUUGGCCUGGGAUGAUUUAGAUCGUCCAGAUCUUUACAUACAGUGGUAUAAGGAGCUGUAUGGGAACAAAUAUGGGACACUUGUUCCGUUUAGUUUUAGGCUUAUACUUGCUGAGCUACCCCAGUAUGUUAUUUCAUCAACUAAUGUUUAUAGUAAACUAUUCGAAGUACUCGUUGGUGUUAAAAAAAUCAUAACAAAUUUAGAUAAUGGACUUACCGAGGAUGGUAGAAAUGUAGAGUUGACAAUUCAAGACCAAAAUACUUCAAAAUUGCUUUGGUAUUCAAGAGAAGCAAGAGUUAUACAUUCAAUUAUUAACUGUGCUGUAAACCAAAAGGAUUUUAAGCUCGCAAUUAAAUUAUUAAAAGAUCUCAUUGAAACUCCACGAUUAAAAUACACAAUUGAACACUCUCGAUCACUCUUAUCUGCAAUGGGCCGUAUUUAUUUACAAGUUGGUGAUCUCAAAGCUCACGGAUACUUUCUUAAAUCAUCUCGACUGAAACCUCAAUCACUUGGAACAUUGGGUGAAAAUAAAGCUGAUUACCGUGAAUUAAUAGAUGCUGCUUUAUUGGCCAUUGCUCAAAAUAAUUACAAAGACGCUUAUAAACAUUUUGAAAAUGCAUACAUAAUGGACUCAAAUAAAGUCAUGGCUUUAAAUAACAUGGCUACAUGUUUAUUUUAUGAAGGCCAACUAAAUAAUGCAAUAACAUUGUUGGAAGAUGCUAUACAAAAAUUUCCAGAUUUGGCAUUAAAUGAGAGUUUGUUAUCCAACAUAUGUUGUUUUUACCAGUUUCAAAAUUCUGCAUCUAAUAAACAGAGACUACUCAAGUAUCAUAUUAUUUCAAAAUACAAAAACAGUGUUCCCGAUAUCAUUAAUUAA